AUGACUACAAGCCCCCUUCGCAUGAUUGACUCAGGUACAGCAGGGUCAGGAAAAUGUUUUCUAAUCAAAUGUUUAGGAAAAGCAAUUCGCCUUUUCUUUAACUCAAAUAAAUCUGUUCAGGUUCUGUGUCCAACAGGUAAUAGUGCAAACUUAAUCUCUGGUGUAACACUACACAGUUUCCUUAAAAUACCCACCCAGUUCAAAGGAAGAGAAAUGAAAGCACCAGAGGGUUCUACUGGGGAAAGCCUACAGGAGAAUUUAUCUGACCUCCAUGUCCUGCUAGUUGAUGAAAGAUCAUUAAUUGGUUCAUAUACAUUAGGGUGGAUAGGUGUGGCACUGGCAUUUCAGAUCAGACAUGGGGAGGUAUCCCAGUAG